AUGAAUUCCAAGACCGCCAAAGAUAUAAUCAUUGGCAAGUGGGGCUUAAAGUCGGGUAGCUCCAGACGCGAGACUGAUCUCGAGAAGUAUAAGCAGGAGAACGCUGCCCUGAGAAAAUCAAUGGAGGAAGUCGUUAAAGGGAAAGGCAAAAUGACUGACGCGGAAAGGAACGGGCUCCUAGAGAAAAUACUUUCCCUUGAAAAAGAAAAAGAAAAUCACAACUGCCUGCUUGGAGAAAAGGACAAAGAAAUCCAAAAUCUGAAAGAUAAGCUUAGGUCAAAAAACAAGAAUAGCGAAGUCUCCUUAUUACAAAGUCAACUAGAGGAAAAAACAAAGGAAGCAGAAAGGAGAGAACAGUUACUUUGUUCUCUAUCUGAAGAAAUGAACCGGUUAAAAUGUAAUUUAUCCAGCGUUACUGCAAAAUGUUCUGAGCUUGAAAACAGAGCCAGUACUUCUAAGGCAUCCCAGGUAAGCACUGAGAAUUGCCUCACUGGAUCAUUAACUAAUCUUUAUGAAGUUGAAAAACAACUGAAAGAUGCUCUUGAGAAAAACCAACAGUGGCUACUGUAUGACCAGCAACGUGAAGCAUAUGUCAGGGGCCUGCUUGGAAGGAUCUUUGAACUUGAACAGAAGUCAGAAACAGUUAGCCAACAAGAAUCUAAAGAAUUCAAUUCAGAAGGUCAUCUACAAGAGGAAAAGCAAAAAUAUUAUGACCAGCUGUUACUAACUGCUAAGAAUGAUCUUGAGACUGAAAGACGCACUAUAACCCAGCUGAGAUCUGAACUUAAUGAAUUCAAAAAGAAGUAUGAAGAAACACAACGAGAAAUAACAACUUUAAAUGCCUUACUGCAGUCACAACAGGUUGCUGAAAUGAAGACUCUAGAAAAUGAAAAUAAAAUUAAAGGAGAGAAAGUACAGAGACUAAAACAAGAAAAUGAAACUAUUAAAGGACAGCUCAGAGAAGAAAAGAAAAAGUCUGAAGAUCUUUUAUGUCAGGUGCAACUUCUUCGCAAAUCAUUGCUCAAACAGCAGGAGGAACACACUAGGAUAGCUUUGUUGGAACAACAGAUCCAGAUAUGCACCACAGAUUUUGAAAAUGAAAAGCUUGAUCGCCAGAACUUGCAGCAUCAGUUAAACAAAGUCCUUAAGGAACUGCGCAAGGCCAGGGAGCAAAUAACCCGUCUGGAACCUCUGAAACCCCAGGAAUCUGGACGUAUGGAACCACAAGAAGAUUUGCAAGCUGUGUUUGAAGAGAAGCUGACCAUGUAUGACAGAAGUCCUUCCCUGAAACAUUCAAACCUUCUUGAUGAAAGUUUUCUUGAGUGUCCCAGAUGUAAAGCGCAGUAUCCAACAAGCCAGCAUAGAGAAUUACUAGCACAUAUUGACUUCUGUACAGCUUGAGCUCCAAAUGGACUUACUGUAUUUGCUUUAUACACACUGCCA